CCGCAAGACGUGCUAGUUAUCGGUCGCGCUCACGAACAAUGGCGGACAGCAACGACGACCUCAACAUCGAUGAGCUCUACGCCUUUGCGAUUGACCUCUCCAAACGGGCGGGGCAGCUCCUGGUCGCGGCGACCGAGCAGCGUCGAGCAGCGCAGAACAACAACCAUGUUAUCUCCUCCACGCAGAAGCUGAACUCGGUCGAUUUAGUCACGGAGACAGACGAGCAGCUCGAGAGCUUCAUCAAAUCCGCGAUCGAAACCGCCUACCCCACGCACGCCUUCGUCGGCGAGGAGAGCUACUCCAAAGGUUCCUCGCGCGAGUACCUGAUCACCCCCGACUCUCCACCAACAUGGUGCAUCGACCCGCUCGACGGCACCGUGAACUACGUGCACAUGUUCCCCCUGGUGUGCAUCAGCAUCGCGUUGAUCCACCGCGGCGAGCCCAUCGUCGGCGUGAUCAACGCGCCGUUCGCACACUCCCUCUUCUCCGGCGCCGUUGGUCUCGGCGCGUGGCUGAACGAGACCACCUCACUACCUCUUCUCCAGCCACCACCACCACUACCCGCCAACGCCCCGCGCGGCUGCAUCUUCUCCUGCGAGUGGGGAAAAGACCGACGGGACGUGCCCGAAGGGAACCUGUACCGCAAGUCUGAGAGCUUCCUGAACAUGGCCGCGGAGUUCGGUGGGAGGGGCGGUAAGGGCGGGAUGGUGCACGGCGUGCGGUCUUUGGGGAGCGCAGCGCUGGACCUGGCAUACACCGCCACCGGCGCCUUCGAUAUCUGGUGGGAGGGCGGCUGCUGGGAGUGGGAUGUCGCCGCGGGAAUAUGCAUCCUGCGCGAGGCCGGUGGGUUAGUGACGAAUGGCGCGCCCCCCGAGGAUGGCAGUGAGGAUGUGGGAGACGUGAGGCUGGGCGGGAGGAGGUACCUUGGUAUUCGUGCCGCGGGCGAGACCGAACUGGAGAGUGCGAGGGACGCACAGCUGCGCGUCGUGCGCGAGGUGUGGCGGCGCGUGGUCCCGCUGGAUUACUCCAGGCCGGGAGGCUAGACGGCGGGCCCACGACAGAGACGGAGAUGGAGACGGACGGCCGGAACGGAAUGGUUCCGGAAGUUUGUGUAGACGGAUUUUCUUUUCCUUUGCUUUUCUUUUGCGUUGGUGUGUUUUGUGAUUACCUAGAGACUUUUUACUUUGCUUUAGCUGUGACGCUCCCUUUCGAUACUUUUUUCAAUCUACUGUUCCCUAGAUACCUGGAAUUAUACUCUACUUUCCACUCUACUUUAUCCAGCGCUUCUGAUAUGGCCAACUGGCCUGUCAUCCGAUCCCGGCGCGGGUGGGUAUGUAGUAGGUGGUGUUAGUUAUCGCGUGGAAUGCAGCCGAUGUGAC